AUGACGAGUUCCGACUGCGUCCCCGACACCCGCUACCUCUCUUCGCCGCAUUUCCUGGCCACCGCGCUUCAUUGUUUGGUAUGCAUCGAAGUGCCGAUCCUCUCGUUCGGCGCCUAUUGCAUUCUCUUCAAAACGCCCGCCCAAAUGAGCGCUGUCAAGUGGCUCAUGCUCAAUUUACACUUCUGGAGCUCUCUUUCCGACGUUUUUCUGAGUCUUUUCGGAAUUCCGUUCAUUUUGCUACCGGUUCCAGCCGGAUACGGUCUCGGAUUGAUAAAUUCGCCCGGGUUCUUGAUCUAUUGUUGUAUCACUUUAGUGACAGGUAUUAUCGAUACCAGGCGAAAUGGCCACGAGUCUCCCUCUGCCAUAUCGCCUGGUAUCAAUCAAUAAUAUAAGCAAAACUCCUAACUGACAAUAUUAUUACAGCACUGACAACGUCUGUGCUGGCAAUCUACGAGAACCGCUACAAUCUGCUUCGCGGAAGGUACACCCGUUGGAGGGUGGUCCGAAAGCCCUUCCUUUUCUUCGUCUACUCCCUGGUUCCGAUGUUCUUCCUCCCGCCCUACCUAAACCUUCCCGAUCAGCAAACUGCUCGAACGCUUGCACUGGCCCAGUUGCCGUGUCUGCCCGAGUUCACCUACAUCGAGCGGGAGCUCUUCGUGCUCGCACUCAACUAUCGCAUUCCUCUCAUGUCCGUGGCGGCAAGCACUUUGGUGCUGGCCACUUUGAUUCUGCUCUUCUGCAUGCUCACCGCGUACCACAUCCAUCAAAUCCGCCUCAACUCGUGGUAUUCGAUCCGAACGUGCAAAAUGCAUUGGCAGUUUGUGUACGCGUUGACCGUUCAGGUAACUUUUUCAUAGAGCUCUCUGGCUUUCUUCAUAAAACUUCAUUUGUGACUUUCAGAGCGUCUACAUGCUCCUCGUCAUCCUGGCUCCAGUGCUCACAGCUCUCGCGAUCGUCCUUUUGUGGCAUCACGAUCAAACGCUCAACAACUUUGUGAUCAUCACGCUCUCGCUGCACGGCGUCUGCUCCACAAUCGUCAUGAUUAUGGUGCAUCGGCCGUAUCGAAAAUUUGUGUUCUCAAAGCACAUAAUUCAGCGAAAUAUCAAUCCGCCCAGUGUUGUUUUCUGA